UGUGGAGCCCUCCGCCGCUCGCGGGCUGCGCGUCUGCCGCCGCCGCCGCCUUCCAGCCUCCGCCCAGCCUCCGCCAUGGACCUGUUCGGGGACCUGCCGGAGCCCGAGCGCUCGCCGCGCCCGGCUGCCGAAAACUAGAAUCGUCCUGCCUGCCCGUGAGUAAGGGAACCAGACAAGUGAGUGGCAGUGCUUCCCCAGUAGAGUAGCCUGCGGCUGUUGAAGAGAAUCAUUAGACCCAGUGUGCCGGUCUGGAGCACGCCCUGAUGGCUUACAUGAAGAAUGGGAAAGAAGCUCAGAAGGGAUCUCUGCUCUUUGAUGAUCUCCCUCCGGCCAGCAGUACUGACUCAGGUACAGUCUUCAGGCUCUCCCAGGUGUGUGUCAACGUGUCAUCCUGGGAUUGUAGUUGUCUCAAUCUUUUUCCCUUUCCCCCAUUUUCAACACACAGAUGUUUUAGGUGUUGGACUGUCUUAAGUUUUGAAUCCAUGGCGUCAGGGUCAGGGGGACCUUUGCUUUUUGAUGAUCUCCCACCAGCCAGCAGUGGUGAUUCAGGUUCUCUUGACACUUCGAUAUCCCAGGUGGUAAAGAAUGAAGGGAAAGGAGCAAAGAGAAAAACCUCUGAAGAGGAGAAGAAUGGCAGUGAAGAGCUUGUGGAAAAGAAAGUUUGUAAAGCCUCCUCGGUGAUCUUCAGUUUGAAAGGCUACGUGGCUGAGCGGAAGGGCGAGCGGGAGGAGAUGCAGGAUGCCCACGUCAUCCUCAACGACAUCACCGAGGAGUGUAGGCCCCCCUCCUCCCUCAUUACCCGGGUUUCAUAUUUUGCUGUUUUUGAUGGACAUGGAGGAAUUCGAGCCUCAAAAUUCGCUGCACAGAAUUUGCAUCAGAACUUAAUCAGGAAAUUUCCUAAAGGAGAUGUAAUCAGUGUAGAGAAAACCGUGAAAAGAUGCCUUUUGGACACUUUUAAGCAUACUGAUGAAGAGUUCCUUAAGCAGGCUUCAAGCCAGAAGCCUGCCUGGAAAGAUGGGUCCACUGCCACGUGUGUUCUGGCUGUAGACAACAUUCUUUAUAUCGCCAACCUCGGAGAUAGUCGGGCAAUCCUGUGUCGUUAUAACGAGGAGAGUCAAAAACAUGCAGCCUUAAGCCUCAGCAAGGAGCAUAAUCCAACCCAGUAUGAGGAACGAAUGAGAAUACAGAAGGCUGGAGGGAAUGUCAGGGACGGGCGUGUCUUGGGCGUGCUGGAGGUGUCCCGCUCCAUCGGGGAUGGGCAGUAUAAGCGCUGUGGGGUUACUUCUGUGCCAGAUAUCAGACGCUGCCAGCUGACCCCCAACGACAGGUUUAUUUUGCUGGCCUGUGAUGGCCUCUUCAAGGUCUUUACCCCAGAAGAAGCCGUGAACUUCAUCUUGUCCUGCCUUGAGGAUGAGAAGAUCCAGAGCCGGGAAGGGAAGUCUGCCAUGGACGCCCGCUACGAAGCUGCCUGCAACAGGCUGGCCAACAAGGCCGUGCAGCGGGGCUCGGCGGACAACGUCACCGUGAUGGUGGUGCGGAUAGGGCGCUGAGGCGCCGCGGGCCGGGCGCCGCGCGCUGUCGGCUUCCCAGCUUCGUUUUGUGUGUUGUGCACAUUAUGUGUUCUGUGUACUCCUGUGGGAUUCCCAUGGCUGUAAAUAAAGGUUUCUUUUUUUU